AUGUAUCUUUUAAGACGAAGGCUGCGACACCUUAAUGCCAUUUCGAUUUACAACGUCUCUUUGACGAAAAAUGCAAAUUUAAGUCUCGAACAUGAGCAUACUCCUUGCCUUUUCCUGGUAGUUGAGGAUAUCAAAGGACGAUGCCUGUAUGUAAGCGAAGCCCAGAAAGGAUCUCAAUGCGGCUGCUUGCAAUUUGACGAAAUACCUUCUUUGCUCUACACGAUGACUCGGAUUAAAAUCAAAAUUAUCGGCCAAAUCCCACGAACCAUGCUGCUGGAGAAAACCGAGGAAUUUCCAGUGUGGACCACUCUUGCAAUCUACGCAAUUGACCUGAGUCGGUUGUCUCCUGUCCUGAGCGAUGACGAAGGAAACCUUUUUCCAAAAACAGAAAAUGUCAACGUACCCCUCCUGCAUUUCUCGGAUGGACUCUUUAGCGCACCAGGGAACUUUGAGGCUUCACCCAAGAAUUUCCUUGAGCCUGUAUCGCAGAAAAAAAGCUUCACCUAUAACGGGGUGCUCAAGCUCAAUAAAAUUUUGGAAUAUUGGACCCAAAUGCAACUAGAAAUACAAGAACUCUCGGAGAAAAUCGAUGAGCUCGUCGAUAACAGUCCGAAACCAGUGUCCAAAGACGCAAUUCUUCAUGCAUGCGAGUCACUUACAUUGUCCAUCGAACGGCGACAAAGUAAGGUCCAAAGCCUAGAAAGCAGCAAUAAAUAUGGCUCCUCUUGCCAUUUGAGCUCCACGACUGAGCUUCCAAUAAAUGAUGAUUACGCUGCAACUCUUUCCAAUUAUACAAGUGUUUUCCAUCGUCUGCAAUCGCUGGAAGAGCGCAAAAUAGGGCAACUUCUCAUCGCCAUGAAGGGAACAGGUUUAUGUGGUCAAAAUGGAUACGUGAUACCAAACUCCGAAGACCAGUCCAUUUAUGAAAUGCGGCUAAAAAGAGUCGAUCUAUUUACAGCGUUGGAUGAUCGAGACCGAAUACUCAAAAACUCGACACUUGGUUACUAUUUGUUGUUUGUCAAUAUUCUCGCAGACAGAGUGUUCCACAUGCCGCUUCCGCACCGACUUUCUUUUUACGGUAGCACUUCGGUGAUAGACAACGCGCUGCCCUUAUAUUUAGCGGCAUCAUCAACUCAGCAGCAUUUAAUUGAUUUUGAGCUUGCAAUCGAGCGCUUCAAUCUCAACAUCAUGCAAGUGAAUCAGUUUUUGGAAUGCCAUCGCUGA